AUGGUCACUGUCAGAGUUGUUAAGAGCACCAACGGCGCUACCAGGACUACUUCUUCUACAAGUGGGUCUUCCGCUUUCCCUCUCAGGGGAGCUCAGGAAACGGCGCCCAGGUUGACUCGUUCUCGAGCGAAGCAGAUUACUCAAGCGCAACCUCCAUCGACCCAAAAUCAGGCCAUCUCGCGAUUGAAUUCGGAUGCCGCCGUACUCACUGGAUCCCGUCCUACGCAUGCGCAAGAGGCACAAGGACCUAUUGUUCAUGGAGGCUUUCGGUUGCCCACUGUUGGCAACCGGCUGGUCCCAUUGACUGGGGACCCGUAUUAUCCUCCCUCCUGGCCCUGGACCACUCCUGCACAAGCGGGUCCGAGAUUCACAAUCCACCUCAAAAAGGGAUAUAUCUACCCUUUUGCACCUUUAGGACGAAGUCUACAACCUCUCAAGAUUUUCGUCGACGAAGAUAUGAAGAGCAGGCUCCCUGUAGCGGACAUCUCUUUCUUUAGUAAUCGCGACGGAAUGGCGCAAACGACGGUUGUUGAUUACAACCACAAGACGUACCUUAUUAUGGGGUACUGGGACAACAGCUGCCCCGUCAAUGCUAACUUAAUUCGGAUUUGCUCUAUCCCCUGGAAAGGACAAUUGGUCGUUUUCGGUCUUGGAAGUAGGACACGUAUCCUCCAGCGACCCGCCGGUUCUGUUGCAGAUGUUGAACAAGCCCUACGUUUUUUCAUUCGCGACUGCGUCGUCGCGAUGAUGCAGAAUAGGAGAUGGCCACGUCUUAUCUCUUUACGCGUCGAUUUGAAGAGCAUUGUUAUGUAG